GAUCAACUCGUACAUGCUGAGUGAUGAGUUCACACAUGUUGACGUUCAGCAGCUAAGGACCAAGUGGCCGACACCGUGUGGUUGCAAGCCGAGGUGCUACUACACCCAGUACUCAGCUGACACUAGCCGCAGCCAACUCAACUUCACUCAUUACGACACCUCCACUUACUUUUAUCGAGGCCUCAACCUGUCCAAUGGAGAGUACAGUUUGAUGUACGUAUUCCCUCGGAAUCUGAUCGCUACUCGUCUGAGAAGGGAUGUGUACACAUCCUUUACUUCACUCCUUGGGUCUUUUGGGUCUCUAUUGUCGUUCUUUCUUGGCUUCAGUGUCGUGAGUCUACUUGAGCUCUUCUACUUUCUGCUGAUCAAACCAUGCUUACACAUAUACCAUGAUCGCUACAUCAUUUACCAAUAUCUUUUCAAAUAAAUUUAAUGCACUUGUUUGAAAAAAAGUGAUCCAAAGGAAGUUG